AUGAAUAAAGAUUUGAAAAUGCUGGAUAACGAGGUGAUAUUUGGACAUCGCCGAUGUCAAACUCGCGAAGUAAAAUGGCUUUUAAUUGAAAAGUUGUAUGAGAAAUGUUUCAGGCCGAAUUUUUAUGAUAUUGGUGGUUCAUAUAUAGAAGACGUUGCAGAUUUAUGGUUUAAUUGUAGAACUGAAAUAAUUGGUAAAAUAUUUUUAGUUCACCUAUUUGUUGUAAACCGAUUACAAGGUCAACUAAACUUAUCAGUAGCCUGUAAGAACAACAUAUUAUUAAAAAAGAAACAAUAUGCAGCAUUUUUAACUUCAAUGCAGAAAACCUAUGAAUUUGAUGAUGCCCCAGCUCUUACAUGCAACUAUAUCAUAACAUAUAGCUUUUCUGAAGCAGAUGUGGAGCUAUUAAAAGAUUUAAAAUGUUAUAUAUCUGUAACUUUAAGGAACAAUGAUCAAUUAAGUAGCGAUGCAAAGAAUGAAGUAUUAGAAAAACAAGAUUUCAAAGCUCUUUUAAAUGAUCCUGUGUGCUCUGAUUUUGUUAUAGAAUCUGCCGAUGGAGUAAAAUUCAAUGUUCAUGAAAUCAUUUUGAGUGCUAAUAGUGAAGUGUUUAAAGCAAUGCUUAAAGAAAAUACAGCUGAAAGUCAAAAUAGGUGUAUGAAAAUGGUAGAUGUAGAGAGUGAGGAUCUAAAACACAUAAUACAUUUCAUUUACACGGGUACCAUAGAACAUCUGGAAAACUGUAACUUUAUUAACCUAAUGAUGUUAGGAGAUAAGUAUGAUUUAAAAGGUUUGACAGAAAUAUGUAAACAUGGGCUCAUGUGUCAACUGAAUAGUGAAAAUGUUUUUGAAAUACUUGCAAUAGCAGAUUUAUAUAAUUGUGAUGAAUUAAAAUUAGCUGCUCUUAAGUACAUAAAAAAUUACAAAGUUAAACUUCAAAAUAGUAUGUUUGAGGAACUCGAUAAUAUCAAAUUAGUUAAAGAGCUCUGUACAUUUCUCUGUUCUAGCUUU